AAGAGGCAAAGUUAACUGCGCGGAGUUGGGGCGGCCCCGGCAGUCCCGGGCGGACCAGCGGGGCUGAGGAUGGCUGAGUCCCGCUCCUUCCAGCUGCUGGUCGAGGGGUCUUGGGGCCCCCACCCCCCAAGGAACUUGAGCACCAAAUUGCAGAUGUACUUCCAGAGCCCGAAGAGAUCCGGAGGCGGAGAGUGUGAGGUCCACCAGGAUCCCAGGAGCCCGUCUCGCUUCCUGGUGCUCUUCCACCCAGAGGACGUUCGGCAGAGGGUCCUGGAGAGAAAGAAUCACGAGUUAGUAUGGCCAGGAAAAGGAACAUUCACCUUAACUCUCCUGUUGCCCACGGCCCCAGAUGAAGGCAAUGAUGUCUUGGAGGAGAAAAUUCUAAGAAAGGAAUCCAAAACUAAAGAAGAUGUCAAAGAACCAGAUGCGUCAAAAGAACUGGAAACAAAACUCUCUCUCCAUGAAGGAUUGGAAGAAAUGGAAGACAUCCUAAAAGAAUGUGAAAAUAUUCCCUCUUUGGUGGCAUUUGAAAAUCUCAAGGAAAAGGUGACUGACACGAUGUUAAUCUUGUUAGUGGAGAACAUAAGUGGCCUGUCCAACGAUGACUUUGAACUGGAAGUAAUACAAGAUUUUGGUGUCGCUGUAGUUACCUUUAAAAAACAUAUAGAUGCCGUGAAAUUUGUUGAUGAUUGCACCCGCCACCAUUCAACUAAACAACUUCAGCUUUCUCCAAGACUUCUGGAAGUGACAAAAACAAUCAGAGUUGAAAACCUGCCCCCUGGUGCUGAUGACUGCAAUUUAAAACUUUUCUUUGAAAACCCUUUUAAUGGAGGGGGAAGAGUUGCCAGUGUUAAAUGUUUUCCUGAAGAGAGUUCAGCUCUGAUUGAAUUUUUUGACAGAAAAGUGUUAGACACCAUCAUGGUCAAGAAACUUGACUUCAAUAAAAUGCCACUUUCUGUGUUCCCAUACUACGCCUCGUUGGGCACGGCCUUGUAUGGAAAAGAGAAGCCUCUGAUCAAGCUUCCAGCACCAUUCGAAGAAUCAUUAGAUCUUCCCUUAUGGAAGUUCCUACAGAAAAAUAAUCACCUGAUUGAUGAGAUAAAUGAUGAAAUGAGACAUUGUCACUGUGAGCUGACAUGGUCCCAACUCAGCGGGAAAGUUACCAUCAGACCAGCAGCCACCUUAGUCAAUCAAGGAAGACCAAGAAUCAAGACCUGGCAGGAAGAUACUUCCACAGCACUGUCUGGCAUCAGGUCUCAAUAUAAAGUUACCCCACUUAAAGCAGAUCCAGUAGUGUGGGACAUUAUAAAAAAUGACUUAGAAGAUGAUAGGAUUUUGAUUGAGUUUGAUACACUUAAGGAGAUGGUAACCUUAGCAGGGAAAUCAGAGGAUGUCCAAAACAUUGAGCUACAAAUCAAGGAAUUAAUAGAAAGCACCAUACAAAAAAUUAAAAGGGAAGAGCAAAGUGUGAAGGAAAAAGUGGCCAUGCCUCCAAGCAAGUAUUCUCUUUUGCACCAGAGUGGUACAGUGGAACAUCUAUGCACCGAGUGCCCAGAGGUGGAGAUUUGUUAUGAUGCAGUCACUCAAUAUGUGUGCUUGAAAGGACUCUGCGCAGAUGUGUAUAAAGUAAAGUGUGAAAUCCAGGAAAAGGUGUUCACCAUGGCUCAGAAAAACAUUCAGGUUUCUCCGGAGGUUUUCCAGUUUUUGCAGCAGAUAGACUGUAAAGAAUUCUCUAAAUGUCUUUUUAUAGCACAGAAAAUUCUUGCAAUUUAUGAGCUACAGGAUACAAUUGUUCUGUUAACCAGCUGUUCUUCUGAAGUCUUGUUAGAAGCUGAAAAGCAAAUGCUCAGUGCCUUAAAUUAUAAGCGCAUUGAAAUUGAGAACAAAGAAGUUCUCAAUGACAAGAACUGGAAAAAGCUCACUUACAGUUUGCAGAAGAAACAUAAUUCCUCCUCAAACACUGUAGUAAUCAAUGAGUUAACUUCAAAAACCACAGCUGAGGUCAUCAUUGCAGGCUGUGUGAGACAAGUAAAUGAUAUCUAUAAAUUGCUUUUUGAGUUUUUAGAAAAGCAUAUGAAAAUAGAGAGAUUGAUUGAAAUAAAGUCUUCCUUAGUUACAGACUAUUUAAGGGCAGAUAAGAAGGUAUUCUGGCCAAGGAUAAAGAAGGCAAAUGUGCAGGUAGCCUUCAAUACUGAGAAAAAACAAAACAGCAUUUUACUAACUGGCCCAAAGAAGGACGUUCUGGAGGGAAUGAACACCCUCCAGCAAAUCUUGGAUUCAGUCUGCGUGAAAAACGUCUGUAUCUAUAAGCCCGGAGCCAGGCAGUUCUUCCAGGAUAAAGCGCGGUUUUAUAAAUGCGAGGCCAGACGAUCGUUUGGCUGUUUCAUUGAACUGCAGGAGAAGGAAGUGGAGAAGUGCCUGACUCGCAGGUGCCUGGCCCCGGGCGUGGUGCUGACCGUGCAGCAGGGCGACUUGACGCGGCUCCCCGUGGACGUGGUGGUGAAUUCGGCCAACGAGGACCUCCGGCAUUCUGGUGGCCUUGCCGCCGCGCUCUCACAAGCCGCUGGCCCCGAGCUCCAGGCCCACUGUGACCAGAUAGUGAAGACAGACGGCAAGGUCCUACCCGGCAAUGCCAUCAUCUCGAAGGCAGGGAAGCUCCCGUAUCGCCACGUGAUCCACGCAGUGGGGCCCCGAUGGAAUAGCAGCGAGGCCCCGAGGUGUGCGCACCUGUUACGGAGAGUGGUGACACAAAGUCUGGGUUUAGCUGAGAAACACAAGUGCCGAUCCUUAGCCAUCCCGGCUAUUAGUUCCGGAAUCUUUGGCUUUCCCAUAGACCGGUGCGUGGAGAUUAUUGUUUCAGCCGUCAAGGAAAACUUCCAGGGUAACCAGGAUGGAUGCUGCUUGAAAGAGAUUUACCUUGUGGAUGCGUCUGAGAAGACUGCUGAGGCCUUUGCUGAAGCUGUGAAAACUACACUUAAAGACACCUUGCCCGAUACACCUGCCGGGCCCCGUUCACCAGCAGCAGUCCUGCCUGGGGAAACACCGCAGACAGAGAGAACUCUGGUGUCCCCGGGAGGCCUGCGGAUGCUGUUGGUGAGAGGAGGUGUGCAGGAUGCUAAGACCGAUGUUGUUGUCAACUCCAUUCCCUCGGAUCUUGCACUUAAUAGAGGGCCCCUUUCUCAAGCCCUCUUGGAAAAAGCUGGGCCAGAGCUCCAGAAAGAAUUGGACACAGCCGGACAAGGGGUAUCUAUCAGCGUGGGCACAGUUCUGCAAACCAGUGGCUGCAAUCUGCACUGCCAGCAGGUGCUUCAUGUGGUGGCUCCGGAGUGGAGAAGUAGUGACACAUCUUCACACAAGAUCAUGGAAGACAUAAUCAGAGAAUGUUUGGAGAUCACUGAGAGCUUGUCCUUAAAAUCGGUUGCAUUUCCAGCUAUAGGAACAGGAAACUUGGGAUUUCCUAAAACCAUAUUUGCUGAAUUAAUCAUUUCAGAGGUGUUCAAAUUUAGUAGCAAGAAUCAACCGACAGCUUUACAAGAGGUUCAAUUUCUGCUGCACCCAAGUGAUCAUGGAAAUAUUCAGGCAUUUUCAGAUGAAUUUGCCAGGAGGGCUAAUGGAAAUCUCGUCAGUGAUAAAAUUCCCAAAGCUGAAGAUACAAAAGGUCUUUAUGGGGCUAUUUCUAGCCCCAGUUUAGAAGUGUAUGAAAUGAAGAUUGGCCCCAUCAUCUUCCAGGUGGCUUCUGGAGAUAUCACCAAUGAGGAGGCAGAUGUGAUCGUAAAUUCAACAUCAAAAACAUUUAAUCUCAAAGCAGGGGUCUCCAAAGCAAUUCUAGAAAGUGCUGGACAAAGUGUGGAAAUGGAAUGUUCUCUCCAAGCUCAACAGGGCAAGAAUGAUUAUAUAAUUACUGAAGGUGGAUUACUGAGGUGCAAGAAUAUCAUUCAUGUUGUUGGUGGAAAUGAUGUCAAGAGAUCGGUUUCCUGUGUUUUGCAGGAGUGUGAAAAACGGAAUUACUCGUCCGUUUGCCUCCCAGCCAUUGGGACAGGAAAUGCCAAACAAGACCCAGAUAAGGUUGCUGAAGCCAUAAUUGAUGCGAUUGAAGAUUUUAUCCAGAAAGGAUCAGCACAGUCUGUGAAAAAAGUUAAAGUUGUUAUCUUUCUGCCUCAAGUGCUGGAUGUGUUUUAUGCCAACAUGAAGAAAAGAGAAGGGUCUCAACCUUCUCCCCAACAGUCUAUGAUGUCUAAACUUGCAUCAUAUUUCGGCUUUUCAAGAAAAUCUCCCAAAAAACAGACACCUUUGGUUUUGGAAAAGAAAACAGAAUCAGCAAUUUUUCAGGUAUGUGGUGAAAAUAUAAAUUGUGUGGAAGAUACUAUCUCCUGGAUUCAAGAACUGAUUAAAAAGGAACAGUUGCCUUACAUCAGUGAAGACGAGUCUAUCAAAGACUUUGAUGAAAAGGAAUAUCAGGAAUUGAAUGAGCUGCAGAAGAAGUUAAAUAUUAGCAUUUCCCUGGACCAUAAGAGACCUUCGAUUGAGGUUUUGGGAAUUACCAGAGAUGUGAUGCAGGCUAGAGAUGCAAUUGAGAAAAUGAUCAAGAGAGUUCGACUGGACAAAGAACAGGAGUCCCGGGCAGAUUGUGUCAGUGAAUUUAUAGAAUGGCAAUAUAGUGACAACAAUACAUUUUGUUGUUUUGACAAAAUAACCAACCUGCAAUUGGAGGAUGCAAAGAGAGCAAAGAAAAAAACAAUUGUUCUCAAAAUUAACAAUGGGAACUACACAGUGAACUUGGACACAUACACUGCCACAGAUGUAAAUGGACACAGUUUACCUAUUCAGCGCCUCAUAAAAUCUGAAGUUGACAUCCCUGCACACUGGAGUGAUAUGAAGCAGCAGAAUUUCCUUGUGGUGGAGCUGCCACCUGGCCACCCAGAAUAUAGCACUGUGGCAACCAGGUUCAAUCAGACCUGCUCACACUUCGUAAUAGAGAAGAUUGAAAGGAUCCAGAAUCCAGAUCUCUGGAAUAGCUACCAGGCAAAGAAAAAAACCAUGGAUGCAAAGAAUGGUCAAACAACAAAUGAGAAGCAACUCUUCCAUGGGACGGAUGUGGGUUCAGUGCCACAGGUCAAUAGCAACGGCUUUAACCGCAGCUAUGCUGGAAAGAAUGCUACGGCAUAUGGAAAGGGAACCUAUUUUGCUGUCCAUGCCAGUUAUUCUGCCAAUGAUACAUACUCCAAACCAGACAGAAGUGGGAAAAAGCAUAUGUAUUAUGUGCGAGUACUUACUGGAGUCUAUACCCAUGGAUAUCAGUCAUUAAUUGUGCCUCCUUCAAAGAACUCCCAAAAUCCAACGGACCUAUAUGACACUGUCACAGAUAAUGUGCAAAAUCCAAAUUUAUUUGUGGUAUUUUAUGACUACCAAGCAUACCCAGAGUACCUCAUUACUUUUAGACGAUAACAUUUUGGUAUCCUUCCCCCAAAACCAUUAUUCAUCUAUACAUGUUUGUAGUUGUAGCUUUCUUUUUUUUCCCCUCUUAACUUUUUCUAAGACUAAAGGAUCCUUCUUUGUCACUCAAAUCAGAUUUUCUUCAGCUUCUCUUUUGUAAUGGAAAUGAACCUAUCUUGACAGCAAAUAAAUGUGAAAUUUAAAUCAGA